GGAUUGGACUGAUAUUCACGCCAGAGCGUGAGACAUGUACCUUCCGCAGCUUUAGACUUGGCUGCUGGGCCGCCAGUCGAUCCAUAUCCAGUGGCCCAGUGCGCAAAUCAUGGAUGCAAGAUGUGGACGAGAUAGCACGAGAAACAGAGAAGCGGCGGCUGUCCGGACGAAUACAUAUCAUUGGAAUGGGAAACAUCGGUACAUUUGUCGCACAUUCCCUAGCACGAGGAACAUCGCCGCCCCCGAUCACACUGCUAUUGCAUAACACAGAUUUCUACCGGCUGUGGUUGGAAAUGAAAGGAUGCUUAUCGGUCAGCUCCAAUGGUUUGGACGAUAUUCGAACGGGUUUUGAUAUCAACGUCCUUCACGACGAUACGUGGUACUCGCUCCCGUACUGGGACGAGUCUCGACCACGAGAGCUUCCGAGCAACAGUGACACGGCUUCAGAGAAGGAGAUCGAAGAACAAAUCACCCAGUCUGCGCAAGAUGACGAGAAGAUCGAAUGUCUGAUCGUGACAGUCAAGGCUCCUCAGACAGUCAAGGCUCUGAAGUCUGUCAGCCACCGCUUGACGCCAGAGUCAACCGUAUUAUUCCUUCAGAACGGCAUGGGAAUAAUCGACGAGGUCAACGAGAAAGUCUUUCCGCAUCCGUACGAACGGCCUAAUUACAUGCUGGGCAUCAUCUCCCACGGACUCUUCCGCCAGGUGCCUUUCAAAGUCGCCCAUGCUGGGAUCGGGACCACCAUCCUCAGUCCAGUCCCCUCCCGCGCGCUCACCGCAGCGGAGAAGCAAGGUCAUGAUUGGGCUCCGUCGACGAAAUAUCUCCUCCGUACACUCACCUUGACUCCGCCUCUGGUCGCUGUGGCUGAGACUCCCACCGCGCUCUUGCAAUAUCAGCUCGAGAAGCUUGCCAUGAAUGCGGUAAUCAAUCCGCUCACUGUCCUCAUGGACUGCGAGAAUGGCGAACUCCUCUACAACUAUGCUAUCACACGUGCUAUGCGUUUGUUACUUAUCGAGAUUUCAACUGUCAUCUGCAGUCUACCCGAGCUGCAAGGAGUACCAGGCGUUCAGAACAGGUUCGCUCCUGACCGUCUGCGGCAUAUGGCUGUGCAACUGGCGCAGAAAACAGCCAAGAACACAAGCUCGAUGUUGCAGGACGUACGAAGGGGCCAGGAGACUGAGAUCGAGUACAUCAAUGGAUAUAUCAUCCGGCGCGGAGAGGAGUUAGGCAUCAAGUGUGCGGUGAAUUAUAUGAUCAAGCAGCUGGUCAUUGCGAAGAACGAUAUUGAUAAUCUGCGACAGGCGGGCGCCGUUCCGUUUGAUCUUUCGGGGUUGGAGAACGAGGAUUGAAUAGUUUUUCUAAUCUCCAUUGGUCAGGCUCCCUUUCUAGUUUGAUAUCUUGUAUAUACAUACAUGAUCAUUUUUCUUCAUGUUCGGUUAGAAAUACACAGUCAACAGAUGGUAUACCUUACCUUACUCUUUUCUGUGCUACCUCCCAUCUAUCUAUAUUUCCUUUCCAACCUGGAAAUAAUCUGACGCCAACCAUCCACCAAAAAGAAACAAAAGGAAAAAAAAAAAAGCCCCUACCUCAUACUCUCCAACGCACUCUCACACAACCCCCUAAUCUGCCUCCAUCUCCCCAACACCACAUCCAACUUCUCUCUGUCUUCCUUAAUUUCUCCCUCCUUCUUCUCAUUUUCAAUGCUUCUCUCCAAAAUCCCAAUCGUCUCCUCAGCCUCUUUCCGAUACCGUCCUAU